AUGCAUUGGAUAUUUUAUACAAAUUUUGCAUUAACAUUCACCGUUAUGAAUUGUUUUAUUCCAAUAAUGAUGCAUCUUCAAGAUGAAAAUCUAUUUGAAUUAUCUAAUGAACAUUUAACUGUUCAAUUUAAUUUAUCUAAUGGACAAAUAAUAUCAUUUAAUUAUACAUCGCAAUUAAUUACAAUAAUUAAUGAAACAAGUUUAAUCUUUAUCGAGAAUUUUCCACUUGAUUGUUCAAAAUUAAUUGAUUAUAAACUAAAUGUUAAUUCUAUUAAUUUUACUUAUUCUUGUUCAAAUAAAAUAAAUUAUCAAUUAAUAACAAUCUAUACUCUUCAAUCUCAAUGGGAAUUUCUCGAAAAACAAAUUUAUUUCGAAAAUAUUGGUAAUAAAACAAUCACAUCAAUUCAAACAACAUUUACUCUAACAAAUAGAACUAUUCCAUCUGUUUCAAUUAUACAAAAUCAACAAGAUUUAAAUAAACAACAUACAGUUUUUCUACGAACCGAAUCAAUCACAUUAGGAAUAUUUGCCACAUGGCAACAUCCAUUUGGUCACUAUUCUGUCACAUCAAAUAAUCAAACAGUAACAAGUUCAUAUCAAAUCGGUAUAAACACAACUUAUUUAAGUGAAGGUUUUCUUAUUGGUUUUUAUCAAUUAUCUUCUUAUUGGCAUACAAAUGAUAUUAACUAUAGUGAAAGAGAAACUUAUGAAAAAGUUACAAACUUUUUUUAUCCCGUUCCUCAACGUAAACAAUCCAUUAAACAUGCAGUUGGAUGGGAUAGUAAUGAUUAUCAAAUUGAUAUUUCAACUGCACAUGGUAUUGAUGAAUAUAAACGUUUAACUGAUCGUUGUUCUCAACUUGGUAUAAAAAGUUUAACAUUUGCUCCAUCAAAUACUAAUGUAUCCAAUCGUCAAGAAUCAACCGAUGAUUGGGGUUGGGAAUCUGUUUUAUGGUUAUCCCUAGGAGAACAAAUUCGUUUAGAACAAUGGAAACCUUAUCGUGAUCCACUUCCAUCAACAAUUCAAGAAAUGUUAGAUUACGCAGAAUUGAGACAAAUAAAAUUAGUUCCAUAUGUUUAUCCGCCAUUAGGUUAUCAAUUAAAAGGAAAAGAUCAAGCAUGGUUAUAUCCAAGUUCACAUUGUAGAACUGUCUGUGCAUCAUUAGCAAGUGUUGAAUUUCAAGAAUAUUUUUUAAAAUUAUUAAUUGAUUUUGCACAAAUUACAGGUAUUGGUGGAUAUGCAUGGGAUUAUAAUUUUUUUUAUGAUUCUCGAAAUACAGAAUAUAGCCAAUGGCGUGGUUGGCAAUGGAUUCGUAGUGAAUUACUUCUUGCUUUACCUUAUUUAAUUAUGGAUCAUCGUUAUGCAUCACAAUAUGAUGGUCCAUGGUCAUGGAUAACUUUAAAUGGUUAUACAUCACCUUUAUUAAGUGAUGAAAAUCCUGAAACAUACCCAAUUUUAUAUCCAUCUUUACAUACAGAUAAAAUUUCAGCAGAUUUUAUGCGUCAAGGAAAUGUUGAAUUACGUUUAGAACAUUUUGCAUCAAUGGAUUCUAUUCCUGGUUUUAUUGGACAUCAACAAGAACGUUAUUUAUCAAAUGGAAGUUUACCAUGGAUAGAUAAUAAUUUAAGAGAUUUUGAUCUCUUAGGUUUUUCAUAUUCAUUAUUAUCUAAUAUAGCAACAGCUGGUUUAAAUCUUAUUCAUACAUUUAUACCGGCAAGAGAUUUACAAGAAUUUUAUUCUUUGCCGAUAGAUUUUUUACAAUUUUGGACUUAUUGGUUAAAAUGGACAGAUGAACAUAUAGAAGAAAUACGUAAUGCUAUACCGUUUAAUUUAGAACAAGAUUGGUCUUUAAUGAAAUCUAAUGGUUUUGAUGGUUUUUUAUUUUUAUUUAAUCCAAAUUAUAAACAAAUUAAUCGAACGAUUUUCUUAGAUGGAAAAUUAAAUUUAAAAGAGUCCCACGAACAAGGUUAUUGGUUAUUAAAAGAGAUUUAUCCUCAAGAAAGAUUUAUACAAUUAAUUGAAUAUGAACAAACAAUUGAAUUUUUAUUAGAUGGUCAAAGUGUUACAGUUUAUCAAUUAAUGUUUAUUUCAACAAUUGAUCAACCAAUUCUUGUUGGAAUUAGUGGACAAGCUCUUCUAACAAAUAACAAUGUUUUACUUAUCGAUGGUGUUUAUGGUGAAGCUGGUACACAAACCAAUAAUCAGAUAUUUGUUAUCUUACCAAAUGAAGAAUUGAUCCUGUAUGUUUUUGUAAAUGGGAAGGAUACGCAUUUUCAACCAAUCAAUGAAUUCAUUGUCUUAACUGAUUCUUUCGCAUUUCCCGGUUUAUAUUUACCACGUUCAGCUGAAAUUCUUAAUAAUACAAUCAUUAUUAGUGAUUUAUUAUUGGAACAAUUAAAAAGACGACAAUUACAAUAUCCUAUUCAAUGGACUGAAAAAGAAUUAAAUGAUGCAUCAUGGUUAGGACCACAUCGUCUUUUAUUAUUCAUAUGUAUUCUCAAUCCAAAUGAUCAAUGGAAUAUAACUGCUCAAAUAAAUAAUAAUUCGAUCAUUGUACAUAAAGGUUAUAAUACACGUGAUCAUAUUGAUCGAGAUCGAUUUAUGGGAUUUUACUUAGAUUUAACUAGUAUUGUUGUCGAAGCAAAUGUGGAAUAUCAUUUAUCAUUAAAUAUGCCAAAACUUAAUCCAGGACAAUUUCAAGGAUUAUUUUUAGAAAAUAUUGAAAGAAUUCUUGUUGAACCAUAG